AUGGAGUGGCAUUUUGCGGAGCUUCAAAGCCAGCGGCCACAAGCUGACCAUGAAUCCUGCAUUCCAUCAAUAGACAUUCAUUUGGCAGAAAUGACCGAUUUCUACCAUCGACAUAAAAAAAGUGGGCGUAUUGUUGCCAUUGGCGAGCUUGGCUUGGGUUUGAGGCUUCAACUGAACGCUAAUCUCUUAGACUACGAUCGCCUCCAGUUUUCCUCAAUUGACAUCCAAAAAAAGUACCAGUUGACUUUUUACCACCUGCUAGAAAUCAUUGUUCGCAAUCGAAAAAGAUUUACUUACGGCGUUUUGCACUCAUUUACCGGCACUGAAGACGAAGUUAAGACUGCCCUAGAGCUUGGCCUCCACAUUGGGUUGAAUGGCUGCUCGCUCCGACAACCAGAGAAUGCCCCUUGGUGCCUGCUUAAGCGAUCCAGUGCCGGUGUUCAGUUUUACACGCAACAUCUUAAUGGUCACCAAACGGUAGACAUUGAUCAUGAUUCCGAUAAAGAAGCCGUUGCCGAAGGAUUACGCUCCAUCUCAGCCCUGCAAAAGGAUCCCUCAAAAUGGAGCUCAGAUUAUUUUAUCAAAGGCCGAAAUGAACCUGCGCUGAUAAGGUAUUGUCUGCUAGUUAAUGUAGUGAUGUCGGACGGAUUGUCGCAUUGA